AUGAAUGCUAGAAAUGCAAGUCCAAAUAGAAUUAAUGGAACGACUUAUAAUAUUAUCUUAGCAUCUGGUAGAGUGGGUCAAGGGUUAAGCUUUACUUCGUCGUUAUCUUAUUAUCAGUUAUACGGAUUUCCCGUUCUUGGAAUCUCAAAUCAUCCAUAUUCGAUAUCGCUAUGGAUUCAAAGAACAUCAACCGGUGGAGCAACUCUUGUUCAUGUUUCGGCGCAAUCAGAUGGAGGAGGAUGGUGUACUGAUUUUCUGGGAUUUUCUUCGAGUGGACAAAUAGUAGGCGGCAGUUACGACGGCUUCAUUACAGAAGUAGUAGGUCCCGUUGUGUCGACCAACGUCUGGACGCAUGUCGUCACUACGUUUUCGACUAAAAAUGGUGUUCGAUUGUAUGUCAAUGGAAGUUUAAUUGAUUCUACAGGUGCGACGACAUAUUUAGCUUCAGGAACAAUAAACACGGUGACACUGGGUAAUCCACGAGCAGCUGGGUGCGCUACUAAAUCAAUUAUUGAGGGUACUUUUUAUGGCUAUUUAGAUGAAUUUCGCCUUUAUUCACGAGAAUUGAGUACUGCGGAUGUUAUUACGCUUGCUAAUCCUUAA